AUGGAGGACCAACUAGUCCAGCUGCUGUCAGCGACCCAAACCGCCCAGGAGGACACCCGCAAACACGCUGAGCAGCAGCUCCUCUCCCUCUACGGCCACCAGGAGCUCCCGCUUGGCCUCAUUGGCAUCGCCUGCCAUGAGAGCGUACCUCUCAACAUCCGACAGGCUGCCCUGCUGUACAUAAAGAACAUCGUGCUGGCAGGAUGGAGCUCCAGUAUCGACGAAUGGAAAGGGCAGGCGCUGGUCACAGACGAGAACAAGGCCAUAUUACGGCAACAGUUGCUCACUCUCGCCACAUCGGACCAGCUUGACCGCAAGCUCAAGGCCGCCGCAGGCCUCGUCGUCAGCAAGAUCGCAAGCGCCGACUACCCCAUUGAAUGGCCAGAUCUUCUCGACAAUCUUCUCGCACUGAUACCGAAUGCGACAGAAGGCCAGCUUCAUGGCGCUCUCAGAGUCCUCGGCGAGCUGGUUGAAGACUCGUUCAACGAACAGACCUUCUUUGCCGUAGCGCCUCAGAUGAUCAAGGUCCUGUACGAUGUGGCCACCAACGACCAGAGGAAGCCGACAAUGAGGGCCUUGGCUUGCAAAGUCUUCCACGGCUGCUUCGACAUACUAGAGUUGGUGCUGGAGGAUCACAAGGCCAUGGUCAAGAGCUUUGCCGACGAGAUACUCAAGGAAUGGAUUCCCUUUUUCGUCAACGUCCUGAACACUAGGCUCCCUGACCCACCGUCGCAAGAAGAAGAAGACCAGGAUACACCGAAUGCAUCACUCUACAAAGGACAGAUCGCUCUCAAGCUACAGUGUGUCAAGGUCCUUAUGCGCAUACGGUCCCUCUUUCCUGCCAUCAUAUCACCACAAAGUAUCGUCCUAUUCCAGGCCACCUGGCAAGAGCUUUCGUUGCUUGAACCGGCAUACUCUCUCAUGUACAUUCAAGAAGAUCGUCAAAGCAGGCUAGAAGACGGCGAUGGUCUGCCGUAUACUUUGGACUUCCUAAUCCUUGAAGAACUGGACUUCAUGCAGGCGUGCCUCCGCGCACCUCCGGUUCGCGCACAACUCGAACAGGAACUCCAGAACCAGGCGCCGGAAAACUCAUGGGUCACCCAGGUUAUGAAGCUGGCUGUGGCGUACGCGCAAAUCACCACUGAAGAGGAGGGACUCUGGGAUGUGGAUGUAAACAUCUUUCUGAGCGAGGAGACGAGUGUGACGGCGAACUACACACCCCGAACGGCCUGUGGUGAUCUCGUUAUCAAGCUUGGCGAAUGGCUCACAGAACCUACCGUCAACGGCUUAUUGACUUACACAAGAGCGCUAUAUUCCGAGUCCAAGGGUUGGAAAGCUGAAGAGGCUGCGCUCUAUGUGCUGAACCAGCUGUUGAGUGACUUCCAAGAUGUAGAGAAGCAGAUCAGUCCAGAUACUGCGAGCGGCUACGUCGACUUUAUCCGAUAUGCCAUGCAGCAGCCCGACGCUUUCCUUCGAGCACGCGGUUACCUAGUCGCCGGGAGUCUGACAAGAACAUCAGGAGAUGCUCUGCAACAGCUUGGCACCUCAUUCCUUGAGGCAUCUCUGCAGGCCAUUCCAUCUGACGAGUCCGACGUUGUCCAAGUGUCGUGUAUCCGAGCUCUGCAAUACUACCUCCAGGCGCUCCCACACGCGACCACACAGCCAAUACAGAACACCAUCAUCAUGGCUAUCAGUAAUUACCUUGCCGCGCAAGACAUGUCAGAGCUCAGCGACAGUGAGGAUCUCAUGGUUACUCUGGUCGAAACACUGCGAGAUGCUAUACUCAUUGAUACACGGAUAUGCAUUACAGAUAACGGUCUCGAUACGCUUUUCCGGGUCGCCAGUCAUCAAGCUAACAACUUCCAACUCACCAUGCUAGUCACCGAAGCAUUCGAAGAGGUGACUGAGACUAUUGCGCGAAUGGGUGGUGAUGCAUACGUCCAACUUUGCGCAAGGGUCCUUCCAUCACUUAUGGGCGCUUUCGACGUCGGAAGUUUGACGGAGGAGAACGCCUUGUGCAACUUUGCUGCCGAUCUCCUUGCCGUGCUUGCCGAGCAUGGACCAGAGCCACUUCCUGCUGGAUUCGUUGCGACGACCAUGCCGAAACUUACACGAGUGCUUCUGGGCUCCACCGAUGAGGAGUUGCUGAAGUCCGCCACGACUGCAGUAAAGAACAUCAUCUCGCACGACCACCAACAACUCUUCGAAUGGCGGGACGACACUGGAAAGGCUGGCCUCGAGGUCACUCUCAUUAUUGUUUCGCGUCUGUUAUCUUCGUGCAGUGAUCACGCUGCUGGCGAGGUCGGUGCACUUGCCGCCGAAGUAGUGGAGAAGGCUGGCCAUGAAAGACUUGGUCCUUACCUGGAGCAGCUCUUGCGAAGUGUCGCAGUCCGUCUUGCACAAGCGGGACAAGCUCAAUUCAUUCAAAGUCUGACGCUCGUGUUUGCGCGUUUGAGCUUGAAUCACGCCUCGGAAGUCGUGGACUUCCUGGCCGGCCAGGAUAUCGAAGGUCAAAACGGCCUCCAGGUCGUCCUAGCGAAGUGGCUCGAGAACUCAAUCAACUUCGCCGGCUAUGAUGAAAUCCGACAAAAGUACGUACGAACCUCUCCGGAGAUCGAGCAGUUCACAUACGAACGGAGAUUGCCUAUCGGAAGGCUUCAGACCGUUCGGAAUAAGUUGAACUCCCCUCUCCCGCUACCUUUUAUCAAUCGUACAUCGUUGCUGACCAUGUGUUUUAGUGUUAUCGCCCUGUCGAAAUUGUAUGAUUUGAAGGACCCUCGUGUUGCACAGGUGCAAGUGCAGGGCGACUUGAUACCAAACAAUGACGGUCGCAUCAUGACCAGAAGUCGUGCGAAAAACAUUCCUGCCCCUCUCAAGAUUCUCAAAGUUCUCGUCGUCGAACUUCAGUCCGCCUCUGGCGCACCCCUCGACGCACAAGCUGCUGCUGAGCUCGCCGAAGAAGAUUCUGGUGAUGACGACUGGGAGGAUGAGGUGAAUCCAUUCGUCGAUCUUGGCAGUGGCUUUAGCAGAGAGCAAUUGAUGGCGUUUGCCGCUGAAGAGCCGGGUGGUGGUCGUCAGCGCGACGAUGAGACUCAAGGCUUCCUGGUCGACUUCUUCAAGCGCGCGGCGACCACGCAGGGCUUUGCUGAAGAGUUCGGUCAGCUCACGGAGGAAGAGCAGCAACGGCUAAGAGAUAGCGCUGCAUAG